GUCACAUCGCGCGACGUCUGUUCUGUGUAUGUGUGUGGUGAAGUGUAGUUAGUUUCAUAAUCAAAUAGAGGCGAAAAUCAUCUGAUUUUCUCUCAAUUUUUACUGAAAAGCUUGCCAAAAAACGUGAAAUUCCACCAUGAUUAUUGCCAUAUAAUUUAUUUUCUUGCCAUGAUUGUGCUGCAAUAACCAGGAGAUUCUAAUUUAGUUUCCUUAAAAUCUGCUCAGGUUAGCCAAAUACAUUCCUUUUAUUUAUAUUAGCCACAGUACUAUAAGAUGCAAAGGUGGUUUUUCCUCGAAGAUCCUGAGAACAAAAACAUUAGGUCAGGCAAAGGUGACCUGGAAAGUGAAAAGGCUUCUAUAAUGUCUUUUCAGUACACCACUCGAAAUUGGUUGUUUCGUGUCAGGGUUCCCCAGUUAAAAAAAGAAGAGACAGUCUGUUUAGUAGGAGAUCUUAAAGAUUUAGGAUCAUGGAUUCCAGAAAAAUGUGUGACUUUGCAACAAGAAGAGGAUCCAGAUAUUUGGUCCAUUGUACUGGAAGUUCCAGAUAAAAGAAAAAUUGAAUAUAGGUUUUGCAUAUGUGUGAUAAUAGAGAGUGGUAUACAAGUUAUUGUAAGGAACUGGGAAACAAACCUGAAGCCUAGAGUUAUAGAAUAUGCAGAGAAGUCUCCUACAUUAGAAGAUCAACCUCUUAUCUAUGGUUGUUAUGGAGAACCUGAUGAUCCCUUGGAACGUUAUGAUAGAGGAUGGCUGAGCAAGGAGACUAUGGUGCAGCUUAAGCUUUGCAAUAAUCCACUCAUCCUAUGGAGACCAAAACAUUUAAAUCGGCAAGUAUUUAUUAAAGUGACUCCAGUAAAUAUAAGAAGUCACUCAACCAAUUUGCCUAUAUCAAUGUCAGAAGCCUUGGAAGAGUCAUUGAGUGAUACUCAAGAUGGAGUCGAAGGUGUGAAAUUUUCUUUUACAGAAGUUGCAUCUUUAAAUGAUGAUAAUCUAACUUUCAAGCCUCAAAGCCAGUUUGGGACCGAGAUUACCAAAGAUGACAUGCUAAUUUUCCAAAGCACCAUUCUUUUCCCACAAAAUACCGCUUAUUUAUUUGAUUUCUACAUAUAUUCUACUAGAAGUGAUGAAGGUGAACCCCCUUAUCAUGCAGGCUUUAGUUAUUUAUUGCCGACAGUAUUACAAUCUUCAGAAGGCAACAUAAUUUUACCAGUUACCAGUACAAAGCACAGGCCUCUAGGAGAGUUAAGGGUUGACUACUUAAUUAUUGGAUCAAUGCCAAACUACAAAUGUGAUAUGAGUAUUUCCUAUGCCAGGCAUUGGAAAAAAACUAGGUCAGGUCUCGAUGUGGGGCAUAGGGGUUCGGGGAGCAGUUUUAAAAAUAAAAUACAAAACUGUGCAGAAGUUAGGGAGAAUACUAUUGCUUCAUUGAAGAAUGCCAUUGAUUUUGGAGCUGAUUUUGUUGAGUUUGAUGUGCAGCUUAGCAAAGACCUGGUUCCCAUCAUUUAUCAUGAUUUCCAUGUGUGUAUUUCAAUGAAGAAGAAAAGGGAUAUUGAGGACCAAGAUAUGCUGGAAAUACCUUUAAAGGAGCUUACUUUGGAACAGUUAAAGUUGUUAAAGGUUUACCAUGUAACUGAAGGAAAAUCAAAAAACCCCAGAUUUUUUGAUGAAGACCUUGAAGAUCACCAGCCUUUCCCUACCUUGCAGCAGGUACUAGAAACCUUAAACCCACAUGUAGGCUUCAACAUUGAAAUUAAAUGGACAAUGAAGUUAGAGAAUGGCACUUAUGAACUUUACCAUCCCACAGACCUGAAUUUAUAUCUGGACACUAUAUUGGAAGUGGUUAUGAGGUUUGGUGGAGAUAGAAGGAUUAUCUUCUCCUGUUUCAAUCCUGACAUCUGUCAGGUGCUGAGAUUGAAACAGAACAAGUAUCCGGUCAUGUUUCUCACUGUUGGAAACAGUGAGGUUUACCCCCGGUAUGCUGACCCCAGAUGUUGGUCUACUAGUGCUGCCAUUCGGUAUGCCACUAUGAUUGAGAUUUUGGGUAUUGUGGCACAUACCGAGGAACUGUUAGAGAACAAUUCAUUGGUCCAAGAAGCAAAACAAGCAAAUCUAGUAAUAUUUUGCUGGGGAGAUCAAAAUGCAGACCCAGCCACCAUUAAAGUACUAAAACAAUUGGGUCUACACGGGGUGAUUUAUGAUAAGAUUCACGAAUAUUCCAGUAAAGAAGUGAAGGAGAGUGUGUUCUUGCUAGAAGCUAGAGAGUCCCAGAAAGAAUUAAUACAGAUUGUAGCAGCUGCUCACGCUGAACCCGAACUGCCUCCACCCAUCACCACUCACACUCCACUCAUUAAACCUCCCGAAGCCGCCACCAAUCUUGACAAAAUACGAUUAACCCUCCCAGCCACGAUCUCCACCGCCACUUCUUUAGAGAGUCUCGAGAGCAGCAUCUCGGAUUAUGAGAAACCGCCGCUGUCCCCCACCGAUAAGGAGACAAAAGUCCAAGCUUAAGUAUAUUUAUUGUUGUUUAUUGUUUUUUUUUACUGGUAUGUACUAAAUAGAUGAUAUUAUGCGGGUCGUCAAAAAUAUAUUUAUUACCGAAGUUUGCUGAUCAAUUGAUUUUUCAUUGGAACAAAAUAAUAUUGUAGCUUAUAUUCGAAAUAAAUGUUAAAAUAUAUUAUAACUUUUUUACGUCUUGCUCUUUUAGGGAAAACAAUUAGACAAUAUUGGCUAAUAUAGAUAUAUAAUUGUAAAAACUAAUGUAUUAAUGUUUGUAUGAAAUUAUGCUCACACUUUUCCUCAAUUAUUGAUUUCGUCCUUAACCAAAUUUAACAAAAAAACUAUGCUACCUGAGAUACAAUUUAAUUUUUUACAGAAUGCGUAACAAUAGUCAGUGGCGGCUCCUCCUUGAAGUACUUUGGUUAUAAACUGAAUUUACUUGUAAUUAGAAACUGUAAAUCGAAACUCAAGUAAAAAAUAAUUUCAAGUCGUUGGAUAAUAUACAAAAUUAGUAAAAAAAAAACUAAGUCUUUAAAAACAAAUAAUUAUUUAAAAUUCCUGAAAUAUAGUGAAAAAGAGAUUUAUAUUUAAAACUAUCCACUAUGGAACUAAAAACUGCAGAAAAAAACCUAAAAUACCUUUAUAUGUCUGGGAGAUAUAAAAAAUUGCAACUCGCUAGAAGACAUAAAUAAUAAUUUAACAUUUUCUGGAAUAUGUAAUCAUUAACGCCUAAAUUAAGGUGAAAAAUUACUUCAAGCUCCCGGAAGUGAUUUUGGUUUUUAAAUUAUCUAGGGGAAGGUAGUACGACAUGAUCCCCUCAAGCAAAAAUCUCUGUAAAUUGCAUAUUUUUGAAGGUAAACCAACCCAAAAAAAAGAGCGAUAAUUACAGGUAUACUUUCCUCAUAUGCAAAACUAGAGAUUAAUUGAGGUUUUAUUAAAAUAUUUCUUUUAUGAUGAUCAUCUUACCCUUUAGUUAAUAAAUAUUUUUAUGAAGAAAAAUGUUCUAAAAAACAAAAAUACGCAAUAGUGAAACGAUCUUUAUUUAGAAGUCAUAUACCUUACUCAUGUUAAGUUUUUAUUUAAGAAAUUUAUUCAAAAAUUAACAAAAUCAAUAGUUAGAUAACUUUAAAAAUCACAAAACUUAAAUAAUGAGAAACAAAUAAUCCAGUCUUCUAACUUAGUGAUUAAUUUGUACCAGUUCAUAAUGAGAUCAAUGUGAAUAUUGUAUAUUCCUUUCUGAAUACCUAAAAAACACUUAUGAAUCAACAACGAAAAAUGAGUUAUUCUCCCUGCUUAAAUUUGUAAGUCGUCUUUUGGUAGGUUACUGCAUAAAUCACAAAUAAAUUCGUCAGUGUCAUCACUCUAUCCCGGCACAUGCUUCAUGCCCCCAUUUUCCACAUGUACAACAUUUUAUCCAACACUUACCUCGAGUGGUCACAGGAAUCAUGUUAGUCUAAAAUAAGAAAUUGUGUAAAUCCAAUUGAGUUAUUGAUAUAGACUACAACCGCCCUGAGGACGCUCAGAGAAAAACAAUUACAAACAUUGUGGCGGGCGGCGACUAUUGUUUACAAUAUUCGAGACUUAAAAUUAAACAAAAAAAUUGAGAAAAAUUGCAUACAUAUUAAAAUAUAUAAUAAUUAUGUACGAGAUGAUUCCUGGGAUCACCUCGUACUUCCUUUCAACCCUAGUCCCACUCUUUCAUUUAAUGUUUGCUAACAUAACCUACAAGCACGCGGAUAUUUUCACGUGGCCCAUAUACUAAAAUUAACCAAAUUAGAAAGCCACAAACACAAUAGCAAUUACAUUUAACAUUGUUCAAAUAAAAGUAACACAAGCUCAAAGUCAUACCUACCUAAUAUAUCAGCCGUACACAAUUUUUAUUUUUUCUUGUCAAAAUCGACCUAUCACUCAUGCCGCCUUUACGGUUUAACCGAAGCGGAGAGGUGACUAGAGCUAUGUAUAACCAGUAAAACCGACUUGAGGGCGUUAGUGGUUUCGGUACAAUCGCAUAUGAUCAUGUUACCCCAGGGGAUCAACUCGUACUACUUUCACCUAUUAUAGAAUUAAGAACUGUAAAAGAAUUUUAAAAUGCCUUGAAAUGGAAAAGCCUGGAACAUAAACGAUCCCUGUAAUAAAUAUCAAGUCUCUGUAAUACAAAGGUAUCAUUAUCCUGGAAUUCCUAGAAUGCAAAGUCGCAUCAAACAUGGUCACACAUUAAGGAUUUUUUAUAAUUCCUGAAAGAUAAAAAAAAAGUACUAUAAGAGCCCAGAAAACAUGAAAAAUUCGAGGAGAGAAAUGACUGGAAGAUCUAAAAAAUUACUUCAAAUUUGCCAAAAGCGAGAGUUAAAUACUUGAAGCCGAUCUUAGGUGACCAGCUGAGCUCAAAGAAAAACUAAAUAUUUUAUUUUUAAUUUGGACAUUAAAUCAUUUAAAGUAAAAAGCGUAAAUUACUAGUAGAUAUAUAUUGUAGUUGUUUAGAAACAGUCAUCUACUUAUUUUCAGUUAAUGUCAUUAAAAUUUGACAACAAACACAAAAGACCUAAGGAUUGGAACCUAAGAACUUUGAUUUUCAGAGUUAAAAAAAUGUUGCAGUUACAUUUAUUUGUGUGUUAUUAUCAAAUUGCUUCCACUGACUUUGAUCUUAAGCAAACGACGAGCUGCCACUGGGACAUAAACUCUGAGAGCUGCAGGAGCUGUUUUUGACAAAAUGGCAGUGACAUUUUUAAGGACAAAAUUGUCAGUAAUUCAAAAUAUAUUAUGUUGUAUAUGUAUGUAUACUACAUUACACCAGUUUACCCACUAUCAAAUAUCAAGACAUUAUUAAAUGUAUAAUUAGGAUAAAUUCUAAUUUUUAUUUAUAAUGGGAUAUUUAUGUAUAAUUUUAUAUAUGAGAAUCAAACUUACCACAGUUUUUUCAAAGGAGAGUCUUGUUUGUUCAGCUGGUUCGAUUAAAAAAGUUUAAAGAGUUGGAGAGGGGUCCACUAAGACUAAAGCUUCUUUAAUGCUUCUUUAAUUUCUUCUAAUUUAUAUGCCGAUGUUUCAGUUUUUGUAAAGGCAUCCUCAGGACACUAAAUAAAAAAAUUAUAAUGUCAUAAAUUAAAGAAAUUCAGAGAUUAGAGGGACACAAAGUCAAUGGUCUCAAAAGAUGAAAUCUUUGACUUUGUGUCCCUCUAAUCUCCGAAUUUUUAUUAUCAAGAGGUCUCUUUGAGAAAAAUGGACUACUUUUUUGAAUAAAUUAUAGAAGUUUCAGUAUUAUUGGACUCUUAGCCAACAAUCGUCUAUACCCUCUUGAUUGACUUUGACGAAAAUAAAGUAUUUAAUUUGUUGUAAAGUGAUAUAGUUAUUUCUGCUGGGAAAUUGGCCGAAUCUCUCUAAAAAACUAACACAAAUAUUUAGUCUCUAAUCUCAUGUGACAAAAUAAGACACAUGAUAGGAAGUUACGUAAGAACAGAGUGAAGAAGAGAAUCGUAGUGGAAGGGAAAUAUAAAUCGUGUUAUGAAUAUUUGGUCUUUAAUCUGUUUUUAACCUUAAAAUUGUUUAAUACAUGAGUUCCGAACAAAAAAAAUACGAGAAAAAACAUCUCAAUAAAAAUCGUUCUUUGCACCAAUAGAAUGCAUUUUCUUUAACAAUCCAUUGCUAUCUAGUCAGUCACAAAGGUCAGUGGUAUACAAAAAUAAUGAUUUAAGAUGUACAGAUUACCUUAACCUAAUUUUUCAGCCAAUAUUUUAUUUAAAGGCCAAUAAUUGAACUUUUCCUACCCGACCGUUCAGCAUCUGCUAAAAACAUUCCAAAAAUAAUUAAUUGCCUUAAAAGGUGAAAACAUGAAGUUUAUUAAAUGCUGUUCAAAAUAUUUUGUUGCCAAUAAAUUUUGUGAUUUUAAAAAUAGCAACAGAGCUGUUGAAUCCAUGUAUUCAUUAUAACAUUUUAAGUACGAACAAUUACUUUUUUUUGUAGUUUUAAACAAAAUUAACAAAACAAGAAUUUCGGCUAUUUGAGCUCAACUUACAAGACUUUCCUUUAAAUUGAUAAAUAAUUAUUUGUCUUUUGUAUUUAUCAUUUUCGGGUUCAUUCUAAAUAGUUUGUAUAAGUAAUAAUACAUUGGCAGGAAACUCGCGUGCACACAUACACACAAUUCCAAAGAGAAUAUUCGUUAUUAAGUAUAAAACGUUUUAUUGUUUUCAAUAGCCCAUCUUCCUGAUAAUUCAGCAUUGGGAUUUAUAUUGUGGGCGGAUGCAAAGAACAAGUAAGGGAGAACAAUGAAAUCACAAACAUUUUAAGUGCAUGUUUAAAAUAAAGUUGAGAAAGUUGCCAUAUAGUAUCGAAACGUCGCUGGCUUAACAUUAGUGUUUUUUUUCAUUUCCCCACAAUAUAAACAACAAUGCAAAAUUUGCACUAAUUUUAUUAGUCUUGUAAAUUUUGUCGUUAAUGUCACUAUUACAGUAAAUACUUUCCCUUAACUAUUGAAAAGAAGAAGAAAUUAGACUUAAACCUUUAACGAUACUUUUGUUAUAUUUAGUUCAAUCUAAGUCCAAUAAUUCUUAAAUACAAUAAUUUAUUUGAGGUGUAAUAGAUUUUUUAUGUACCCCGGACCUCUCAUCUCGUUUCUUCUUUUCAAUAUCCUACCUAACUUUAUAUACUUACCUAUUUUAACUAAUUUUAUUUAUCGUUUUUAUUCCAUUGAAACAAUAUUGUGAAUUAAAAAUACCAAUCAUUAUAUAUUGUAGACAUUACGUAUUAUAAAUAUUAUUUAAAGCCUUGUCAACUUAACUGUACCACCUCUUGAAUUUUUAAUGUGGAUUUUAGAGCAAAGCAUAUUUUCCUAAAAAACUUUGUAUACCUACAUAUUCUUUAUUAUUUUAGAAAUGUUUUCUUAGGCCAGUUUCUUCAGCUUGCUGUAACUGAUACUCUUUAGAUAAUAAAGCAUACAAGCUUUUACUUUGCCUUUACUGAAAAGCCUAUUUGACGAACAAAGUUUCUUCAGAGCUGCAUAUUUCCUUCACCAUUAAUUAAAUAUGCCACAACUAGAUCAUUUAGUCUGCAGAUCCAUUAAAACUGAAAUAAUCAGAAAAAUAAUUUACUCAACAUGAACUGGUUUCUUAUAAGUUAUGAUGGGCAUUAUUAAAUUCCCUUAGACAUGCUUUUUGAAUAUUUAAUUGGGGUAUUUAAAAACAUUGGCAGCUGUAUUGGACAAUUUAGUUUUAAACUUUGUUGCAAUAAACCCAACGUUUAGGCACUAAAUGUGUAAUCUUUAGGUCAGCAAUAAAAUACUUGCAAUUCAUGACAUUAGGAUGUUGACUUUGAAUUUAUAUUUUGUUGACGUUUCCACCUCCCCGUUGAGAUCUUCAAAACUACAUAAAUUAGUUGUCUGCAUUAAAUACCCGUUUGUCUAAGAACGUUUUUUUUUGGUCUGAAUCCAACAGUCAUUUGUGCAAAUAAAACAAUUUUUUUUGUAGCUCUGAAGAUGGUACAAAGUAAUAUCGAAACUGUUGGCUUUGUAGCAAUUGAGUUUUACAAUAAAUUGUCCAAAAAAAAAACGGGUUUUUACAUUGCGAGUCUAUUUUCAAAAUUUAACAGCAACCUGUAGAACUCCCAGAAUGUGCCUGGAGCUCCCUCGCAUGGUCGGUUCCUUGGAAAUCUGCCGUAUGAGGUGAGUUGAAUUUUUAUCUAAUUAAUUUUAAAUAAAAUUGUAGUAUUCGAUUGAGAUUUUAUUGUUAUGUAACUUUUAUAAUUUAGAAUUGGAUAGUAGAAUUAUUUUAUGUGAUAUGUAAUGAAAUGAUGUGAUUAUUCGUGAUAUAACAAUUUUAAAUAAAUAAAUUAUUAAGUAA